AUGUCGCAGAGGCCUUCUGCGUCUCGUCCUGCAUCUCGCUCACCACCAGAAAGUCAAAAGAUUACUCUCCCACCUGUGCAGAUGCGAGAUGAUCCUCGACAUGGAGGGCGACAAGCAGACAGACAAUUAGAUCAGGGCAACCGAGGAUUAUCACAACCUCAUCAUACACUACCUUCCCCUUCAUCACGGACUCCCCAGCCUGUAUCAACUGGAGAGGAUUGGAAGUCUUCUGGACCAUCGCGCGAUCUUGGUGUACAUUCAAUUUUGAACCCUACAGAACCUGAAAGCGCAUCAAAUUCCAGUCGCCGAUUAAGUGGUGGCACUACAGAUUCGCCACUCUCUACAACAGCCGGACCGACUUCACAUUUUGCUGCAAGUCCUUUGGUGGCAACUACUCAUCCUUACUCCAAUCGUCCUCCCAUCAGCACUUCGCCUUCCUUAGACAGCAGAGCGCCAGCUCACGGGACUAUCAAUGCGCAAGAGUCACCCUUUUUGCCACCGAGAAGGCCGGAACAAGGGCAAACACCAGUAUCAGAAAACCCUCCUUUAGCAACACCAUCCGGGCAAUCUCAGGCCCAACAUUAUGGGUUUCCCUCUACAGGCACAACGCCAAUAGAACGACGAGCAGAUAAUUCUCAGAUGCAAGUCCCAGGACGUGUCCAACAUAGCGCUAGUCCUAGCAUCUCAGCCUCUUCACAGACGCCGAGCCAGACUUCCCCCGCGUCCGGUUAUCCUUAUCAUCAAAGUGGGCAGAAUCCUCAGACAAGUGGGUCUUAUUUUCCAGGUUCCAGUUUUGGUUCUUCAGUGCAACAAGGGAGUGGAUUACAAUUACAAGCACCGCCUGCGGCAUCAGAAGGUCCGUACAAUGCUUCUCAGAUUGGUUCCUCACUCCACUCCACUCCAAGCUCGAGGCAGGCUUCUGCCUCCGAGCCCUACGGUGUCCUGACAAUAACCACGGCUCACGGCGUGGCUUAUCAUGUACCCGUGGACACGCACCAAGCGUCGCGUUUAGCUGACGAGAAGCGUGCGCGCAACGCAGGAGCAUCGGCGCGAUUCCGACAACGUAGAAAGGAAAAGGAGAAGGAGGCUUCAUCCAACAUCGAAAAACUCCAAUCGCAGACUAGAGACCUUGAACGAAGAGUGAGAGAAGCAGAAGGAGAGAGAGACUUUUACCGGGGAGAACGGGAUCGAUUCAGGGAUAUGUUACUUCGAAAUCCCGGGACUAGAGAUAUGGCACUUCACGGGCCACCGAGUCCUCGUUCCAUAAGGCCAAUGUCUUAUCCUGGUCCUCCACCACCAAGUGCGCAAUCCAUGAGUUAUCAAGGACCUGAUAACGGCGAAAGGCCACCAAGACGUCGUAGGACUGAUGCCCAAGGAGAAUUUAUGAGCGUACCAUACUCUCAUUCUCCGGCGUCAACUCUACCACCCGUUCAAAGUGGAUUUCAACCCGCUCAUGGACAAGGGUUGCCUAGUCUGCCCCCUUUACGCAUCGAUAAUCUUUCAACUGGUACAGCCACAGGAGCAUCGACUCCAUCGCUAUCUGCCGGCCCUCCUUCAUUUGAUUCUUAUUCGCGAGGGCCAUACGAUCGAGCCUGGCCCAAACAGGAAAACGGCGGACGACGAUAA